UGUUGUCAUUGAAGUUCAGAACUUCGCUUGGUGUAGCACCCUACAAACCCACGAAGGAAGAAAUCGCCAUCAAUGUUAGGUUUUGUGUCCACAAGUCCAGUUUUCUGGAUUAUUUUGACUUCGCUAUUAGGAUUCAAGAUUUACCUCAAAUUACGAACUGGAAUGUGCAAGAGCACGAAACGGAUGGAUGGAAAGACCGUUAUAGUCACGGGCGCCAACACAGGGAUUGGAAAAGAGACAGCACGUGACCUUGCUCGAAGAGGAGCGAAGGUAAUUCUUGCCUGCAGGAAUUUAAAGGAAGCAAACAAAGCUCGUGUCGAUAUUGUUGCAAGCACUGGGAACAAUAUGGUGGAAGUGCGUCACCUGGACCUCAGUUCGCUGGGUUCGGUCCGCCGGUUUGCAAACAACAUUAUCAACACAGAGACACGUCUCGACGUGCUUAUCAACAAUGCAGGUGCUGCAGGGUUUAAAAACAAAAUGACGGCCGAUAACCUUCAACUCGGCAUGCAGGUGAACCACUUCGGACCGUUCUUGCUCACGUGCCUCCUCCUGGGACUGUUGAAGAAAUCGGCUCCCAGUCGAAUUGUGAUGCUAUCAUCAUGGUUACACAAGACUGCCAAAUUUGAUCUUUAUAACCUCAAUUUUGAGAAGUGGUUCGAUACUCUUCAGGUGUAUUCUUGCAGUAAGUUAGCAAACAUUCUGACGGCUAACGAAUUAAGCAGGAAGCUGAAAGGGACAGGAGUCACCGCGAAUAGUGCUCACCCUGGAACAGUGCUCACAGAUGUGUGGCGAAGAGUUCCGAAACUACUGAAGAUUCUGUUCUUUAGCAUAGCAAGAUUUUUCUUCAAGAACGCAGUUGAAGGUGCACAAACAUCCAUCUACUUGGCAGUUUCUGAAGAAGUGACAGGAGUGUCUGGAAAAUAUUUUGAGAAUUGCAAGGAAUCAAAAAUGUCAAUAGAAGCAAUGGAUGAAAAACUUGCCGAGAAGUUAUGGGAGAAGAGUGAAGUUAUGGUUGGCCUCAAAACAGAAGAUAUUCACUUCUAGAUCAUUAAAUUCUGUUAACAUCUACUUCAUAUAUGCAAGAGAGAAUUAUGGAGACUCUGAUAAUUAUGAAUUUGUUGACUUGUAGAAAAUUCAUGCUUCUAAUAUGCAAGUCCCAAACAAAUUUUUUCUUGCGCUUCAGCCCAUUAUCAUUAUUGGUGAAACAGUAAUACUAAUCUAUUGAGUCUGCAGUCAUGGAAGUCAUUGCCAGUUAGAUCAAAUGAAGGAAAGGUGAAGGAGUAGUUAAUGGGAACAAUGGGAAAUGCAAAGAAUGCACAUCCCCAGUCUGUCAACACGAAUUAUAAGGUCGGAAACUGGGAUUGUGGGUUCGAAUCCCACUCAAGGCAUGGAUGUUUAGUUUGUGUGUGUGCGUUUUUCUGUGUUUGUGU